ACCUUUUUCGAUUCCCAGAGUAACCAACCUCUCUCUCCAUCGUCUUCUUCGCGCUCGUCUGCUUCCAGUUUCGUAUAACAAAAUAAAUGGCUAAUCGCGAAGAUACUUCCUCAGCGGAGAUUCGCUGCGUCUUUGUAGAAACCAACCUCGACACUUGUCUCGCGUUACCCGUACAUAAAGAUGAAAUCAUCUCCGAUUUCAAAGACAAAUUACGCAAGGAGCAUAAACAAGCUUUCCCAAAAAUUGGAGAAAUCAAUGUUUCUGCCUUGAAGGUUAAACGACGAAGAAAGUUUUAUCAUUUCUCAGAAUCUAUGAAUGUGUUUAAGGCUUUUGAUGGGAUUAGUACAGACUGGUUUAUGUAUGUUGAUGCUGUAAGAGUUGAGAAAGAUGAGGUGCUUACUAUAAUGGCUGCUGAUGAUAAUCGUUCAAACCUUGAGUUGGUUGAGAAGGAGAAAGAGAUUGCUAAUGAUGGUUCAGUACUUGUUGAUGUUGUGCAUUCUAAGGCCUUGGUUCUUUACCAAGGUUUAGAAACUGAAGUAGUUGAGAGGAAGACGAGGAAGAGGAAGAUUACAAGUUCGGAUGGGAUAACUAGUCGAAAGAAAUCCAAGGUUGAUCUUAUUCAAUCUCCUGUUGAUACAGCCGAGUUAUGUGGAAGAGUACAGGUUGAUGUUGCCUCUCACUCUUGUCUAGUUUCACCAAGAGAAAAGCUAGAUGGUAUCCUUAUGGGAACAGACAUUGAAAGCGGCGAGACAAACGGCGUUAGUAUGGGAGAGAAUCAGCAAACUUCUGAUGCGGACAGGCUAUUGGAAGAGAAAAUUCUCACUGUCAACUCAGAGCUUUUAGAUGGGCAUACCAGGGGUGAGAUGGAGGAUGUGCCAGACAAUCAAACUGUUAAAGAAGCUCUAGAAAAGCUAGAUGAUCUUACCGGAGAAAUGGAGCAAGAUACUGAAAAGAGAGGAGAGAUUGCCGAUAUAGUCAUGAUUGACCAAGAGAAGGAUCUUCCACCUCCUUCAGAAAUUGUAGAUGGACAGAUUACAUCACAAGAUGAUGAAAGAGGUGAGGGAAGCAGAUUGACUCCAAGUGCUAUCAAUAAUCUUCAAACUGCUGAAAACCAGUUGGAAGUUAGCAGUAGUUUGACAACUGGUCCAGCUACAGAGAAGAAGAGAAAGCGAACGAAAAGCUCUAAAGAUCACAUCAAUCAAUCUACUGCUGCCGUAACUACAACUUCAAGAACAAUUGUGAAUGAGAUAACUUCAGAAAGAGAGACUCUUGGAAAUCCUCUUUUAGAAGCAGUUGAGAAAGAAACUGGGAUGGUUGAAAAAUCUGUUGAAGAUGUGGGAAGAGAGAAAAUUAAAGCUGAUAAUAUAGCAAGCCACCAGGAAAGUCAUUUGGAGGCUAACAGCGGUUUGACAACCAGUCCAGUUCCAGAGAAGAAGAAAAAGCUAAAGAAGUCCUCAAAGGAUCACAUCAAUAAAUCUACUGCUACUUCUGAAUCUAUUUCAAUCUCGAGAGGAGAAAAGCCUGCCGAUACUCUUGUAGACGCAAUACAAAAUGAAAAUGAGAUGGGUGACAAAUUUGUCAACAAGGUGGGAAGUAGAGAAGCCACAUCUAUCGAUGCUGAUAAAAUACAAGAUGCAAAUAAUCUAGAAGUUGCUAGUAUGAUGAGCACCCCGACUGCCUUGGUCCAUGAAUCCAAAACGUUGGACCACAUUCCGAAAUUUACGGAUGAAAGCACAUCCCAUGAACAUGAAGUUUCUAUGGAAAAGGGUGAAAUAGAUGCUGAUAAGGCUAAAUCCGUGAAGUCUACUAAGAAGAAAAGUUCAAAAAAGGUGAAGACCCCAGCUAAAGAAGACACUCUGGUAGAUUCUGGUGCACAGAAUGUUGAACCUGUUAAAGAUGGAGAGGGAGCUGAGAAUGUUAUCAGAAAUGUUUUAGAUUCUUUGCAGCAAAGGAACGAAGUGGAGGAAAAUCUAACCAAAAGUGAAAAGAAAUCAAGCAAGAGAUCGAAGAAGAAAGACUCUUGGAACCUUGUGGAAGAGGUCGAAGUAGUAGAGUCUUUGCAGCAAAAGAACGAAGCUGCAGAAAAUCUUGCAAUAAGUGGGAAGAAAUCAAGCAAGAGAUCGAAGAAGAAAGACUCUUGGAACAUUGUGGAAGAGGUCGAAGUAGUAGAGUCUUUGCAGCAAAAGAACGAAGCUGCAGAAAAUCUUGCAAUAAGUGGGAAGAAAUCAAACAAGAGAUCAAAAAAGAAAGACUCUUUGAACACUGUGGAGGUUGAGGCCCAAGUAUUGUCAGUUGAGGUAAACGAUGCUUCUCAGGUUGAGGCUUCUCCCAUCAACAACCUAGAAGACACUGAUGCAUCAUUCACGCCAGCUAAGAAGAAUACUGAGAUCAAUGCUUCACAUUUGAAUAAGAUUGUUCAGGUCGACGAUACUAAUGAGGAUAUCAACCGUUCCAUGCAAACUCUAAUUGAGAACGUUGACAUGGGCGACAAUUUUGGUUCUAGUCAAAAGGAUAAUAUUGUUGGUGGUGGUAACAAGAAAGAUCAAGUGGCUGGUAGAACUAAAUCUAAAAAAGAGAAAAAAAGCCUUGAUGGUUCCAUCGAUGGUGCAAUGAGAAAGAAAGGCGCAGUCAACAAAAAGAAGGAAGUUGUGGAGAAAUGCUCUACUCUGGCCACAGUGAACAAGAGUAAGAAGAAUGUCAACAACAAGAAAGAAGUUGUGAAGAAAAGCUCUAACUCAGUCACAGCGAAGAAGACUAAUUUCUUCAAGGAUGCCGAGAUGUCAGAGGAUGAAUCUAAGACAACUUCGCAUGACUCCACUAAAACUCCAUCAAUUAAUUCAUCAGACAAUGAUAGUGAUGUAACUUCUUCUAUGUUUAGGAAGCAAGGAAACAAUCUGGUUGGAGGAACCAAUAUGUUUUCGGGGAGCCUGCAGGAUAUCCUAAGAAGCUCAAAAAGUUACAAGGUGGCGAAACUUACAGCUUCUCAAUCACAACCUGAAGAAUUCGUGGAUUUUGUCCCAGAUAGCCAAUUCAACUAAGUUUUAUGUACUAUCCUUCUGGAUCCAAUUUUGACCAAAACCUGAAAAAAGAUGCUUAAAUCUUCCAAUCACGGUUUUGCUUUUUUUUAAUGUAAGAUUGGUACGCUGCUUCUUCUCUCUGACAUUUUAUGUUAAUCAGGAGUGCUUCAACAUGUUAAAUCAGUAAUCACCUAUAAUCUU